AAAAUGCUCUGUUUUUUUCUCAAUCCAGGACACUAUAUUUUUCUCUUAGAUCCCUCCCUGUUGUUAGGGCGCUAGGUUGGUUCAAGUGGCUUCCCUUUUCAUCCAGUGGGAUUUUCAGACAGACAACCUGAGUUCCUUUUGAGUCUUGCCACCCAAUUAUUGUGGCCAUGGCAACUAUCUGAGACUUUUCCCCCCAGUUGGUUGUUAGCAGGCUAUACGCCAACAGUAUCUUUCCCCCUUUCACAUAUUCCUCUCUCAUCUUUGCUGAAUUAAUCCUCGCCUCUGUAACCCGAAGCUAAAUUGGUCAUCGCAACAACCAAUUUGAUGCCAUCUCAGUAAUAAUAUGUCUGAAGAUAAAAAAAAAUCUGAAGUUCCAAAUGUGCAAAUACAGAUAGAGAACAAAAUGUUUUUGUUUUCAGAUUUGUUUGCACAUUUCACUGAAUUCAAACCCAUGUUCCAUUAUGAAGGUGCAGUUGCUGUUAAUGUGAAUCCAGUUGGUGGUGGUGUGUGUGUGUGUGUGUGUGUGUGUGUGUGUGUGUGUGUGUGUGUGUGUGUGUGUGUGUGUGUGACAUUUGCAGCCUAUCCUCUGUCCCAGUAUUAGCCCAGGGUUUUGCACAUGAUGGGGGAGGGAGGCUUAGUCACUGAGAUGCCCCAAGGACUCUCCGGGGAAUAUUCUUUCCUCACUAUCCUCCACUAAACACACACACACACACAUGUGCCUCCACACACAUAUAGAGAUUAGCCCUAUCUCACAAGGGUGGGUGAGCCACAUGCAUACAUGCACACACACACACACACACACAUACAUACACGUACACAUACACACACUGUGCAUGCCUGAACACAAAUGGCAGCAUGGCAAAGCAGCCUAUGCCAAGCAUAAAAAUAUGUGGAACUUUCUCUGUCCUCUGGGUUGAUACUAAAUUUAGAGCUUUCAUUGUCUUUCACGUUUUUGUCUCUUACCAACUCACAAUUCAACACGAGCAAAAUGGCAGUUGCGUCUUUCAUUCAUUUUCAUAAUAUAUUCCAACAGAAGGAAACAUUAGAAAUGCUUUGAAGUCCUCUUCUUCAACAAUGUGCUCGAGCACAUUUUGCAUACGCAGGCACCAAAACCUGACGACAGUAAUACUGCAAUGCGUUGUGACGUGUCGGAACCGAUUACUAGGAAAAAUAUGAGGUGCCUCUUAUCAUCUGAGGGAUUACUGUUGGAGGCAUCAAAUGUUUCAGAGAUUUAGCCUAUUCUUCUUAAUUUUCUUAAAUAUUUCUGCAUUUUAAUGUCAUAUCGUAAUUUGGGAGUUAUAAAGCAGACGCACAUGACAUGAGUGUUGAAUCAAACUAAAAUGCCAUGCGUAUUCAAGACACCCGACAUAAUAUAUUAGCCAUUUGGUUUCCAGGCCACCUAACCAUGAGGAAUUGAGUCAUUCUGAGUAGGCUACAUUGGAAAUAUACUGUAAAACUACAGGGGGCAUUUAAAAUGUACUAGGCCAUUACAGACAGUUUAUAGCACACAUGCGCAACCGCAAAGCUCUAGUCUGGGUAGGCUUACCAGUCUUUUUAGCUAACAUUCCACUCCUUGUAACCUACUCUUUGGCAUAUGACACCGAAGGAGUCAGUGAAACGUUACCUAAAAAGAAUGGUACUAGCAAGGCCUGUCCAAGGUUCUGCAAUGCGGAAACGAGUUGAAUUUUCUCAUGCCGAUGCACGCGGGUCAUUCUCUCUAAUUUAGCAGCUGAAAAAACAUGGAAUUUAUUACAUUUUUAAGUAUCUGACUCCAUGAACAAAACUGUACUUAGGCUACGCAGGUGUAGCGGGUAGUAAGUUGCCUAUUAUCGAUUAAAAUGCUCGGACAACAAAUAAGAGACCAUAUUAAAACAAGUUUUGUUUUGCUAUAAAUUAGGCUACAUUUAAAAAAAAAGUUUAAGUGCAUUGGCUACUUGGGUCAAAGGGGCAUGAAACACAACUUUGGAUCCAAAUUCGUAUAGCGAUUAAACUAAAACACAAAAAUAAAUAAUCUAACGAAUAUACUAGGCUUUGAUAUUUAAAUAUUUUAUAUUUACUCCAUAGACAUUAAAGUGAUUUUACACCUCUGAUAUUUGUUUUUGCAUUAGGAAUAAAAAGACUAAGACAGUGUGUGUGUGAGAUAUAGGCCUAUGAAUGGUUCGCAGUGUAACUCCCUAAUGUCUGAUUUUGAAACGAACAUACGUGUCUGCAAUUAGAAACUAGAUUUAUAUGAAACUUAUAUUAUCUCUGCCGGAUCAAUACAAGCAUAACGAAAAAUUAUUGGAACAAAUAAUGAAUCAAAUUGAAAAAAAAAAAUGGAAAAAAAAAAUACAAAAUAAUUAAGCCUAAUCAAAUAUGCAAAAUUUGCUUAUUCGAAUAAGUAAAAUAUUUGGUAUAAAUGAAUCGUAGGAGCUAGCAUCCAUGCCUCUGGUAACAAACACCCUUUUCUCCUUCCAAAAUCUCAAAGUAAUCUCUCUCUCUCUCUCUGUCACUCACUCACGCACUCUCUCACUCUCUCACAUACACACACACCGCUUCAGAACCAUGAGGGGUUUGUGCAUGCUGAGCAAGUCAUUGCAUUGGCAGUCUAUGAGGACACGUGCCUAGUCCCCCUCUAAGAUUCUGCGGCUUGUGGUUUGCACUUGUCACGGCUAUAGCAAAACUGAGCGCAACAUCAAGACCAACACCGACAACUGCAUGGAGAGGUCACAAACAGGGACAUUCGAUCACAUUAAGCAACAUGAUCAAUUUGAAUGAGGAUGAAUUGUUUUACUUCGUUUCUUCUGAUGCCAAGAAAGUGACAGGAGGGAUUUGAGAGUGACAUGGAUAAUCAAGACCAACAGACGGGAUUUUAAACGACAGCCUGUGUGGAUGUAACGGUUGGGCAGUCGUUAAGAGCAACGUCGAUACGUCUUGGCAACAGGCAUGAUUAUCUUUCUCUCACAGCAACAGCAGCCAAAAUAGCUCAUAAGCACACUGCAUGUAUUUAUUCAACAAUUUUCAAAUUUGAUCCAAAUGAAUAUCUGAAUAUUCACAUUUUAUCUCACAACAAUGGCUCACUUAAUUCGACACAAGAUCGGCAACAAGCUGACCAAUGCAGCCAACACAGUGUCCAAUAAGUCUCAGGCCAAGGUCAGCGGAGUGUUCGCCAGACUGGGUUUCCAGGCCGCUACAGAUGAAGAGGGUCUGGGGUUCGCGGACUGCGAUGACUUGGACUAUGACUACAGGCAGGGCAUGCAGAUGGACAUCAUGCAGGGCGACGAGGAAGGGGGAGAGAUGGACGGAGGAGACGAGUUGAUGGAGGGAGACAGCCACUACCAGAGAGAUGGCACGGGCCCAUCAUCCUCCUCCAUCAAGAACACUGGGGCGUGUAACGAGUUGGCAUCAGAGGUCAAACCCAAAAUUACGUCUUGGGAAGCGGGGUGGAACGUCACCAAUGCCAUUCAGGGGAUGUUCGUCCUUGGGUUACCCUACGCCAUUCUUCACGGAGGAUACCUCGGACUCUUUCUAAUCAUAUUUGCGGCUGUUGUAUGUUGUUACACCGGAAAGAUUCUUAUUGCGUGUCUGUAUGAGGAGAACGAGGAUGGAAUUCUGGUGCGCGUGAGGGACUCCUACGUGGACAUCGCCAACGCGUGCUGCCAGCCACGGUUCCCGUCUCUGGGCGGGCAUAUCGUUAACGUUGCUCAGAUCAUUGAGUUGGUCAUGACCUGUAUCCUGUACGUGGUGGUCAGUGGCAACCUGAUGGUCAACAGCUUCCCCAAUCUGCCGGUCUCGCAGAAGGCCUGGUCUGUAGUCGCCACGGCCGCCCUCUUGCCUUGCGCGUUCCUCAAGAGCCUCAAGACUGUGUCCAAGUUCAGCUUGCUUUGCACUAUCGCGCACUUCGUCAUCAACAUCCUGGUAAUAGCCUACUGCCUCUCCAGAGCCCGCGAUUGGGCCUGGGACAAAGUCAAAUUCUAUAUUGAUGUCAAGAAGUUCCCCAUCUCUAUUGGCAUCAUCGUCUUCAGCUACACGUCCCAGAUCUUCCUGCCCUCGCUGGAGGGGAACAUGCAGAGGCCAAGCGAGUUCCACUGCAUGAUGGACUGGACCCACAUUGGAGCCUGCGUCCUGAAGGGCCUGUUCGCUCUGGUGGCCUACUUGACUUGGGCAGAUGCCACCAAAGAGGUCAUCACGGACAACCUGCCGUCCACCAUCAGAGCGGUGGUCAACCUAUUCCUUGUGGCUAAGGCCUUGCUGUCAUAUCCGCUGCCAUUCUUCGCUGCUGUAGAGGUCUUGGAGAAGUCUUUUUUCCAGGAUGGAGGGCGCGCCAUAUUCCCUGAUUGUUAUGGCCCGGGAGGAAGGAUUAAGUCCUGGGGACUGGGUCUCCGGUGCCUCCUGGUGGUGUUCACGUUGGUCAUGGCCAUCUUUGUCCCUCACUUCGCACUCCUCAUGGGCCUCACCGGGAGUCUUACCGGCGCCGGAUUGUGCUUCCUUCUCCCAGCUCUCUUUCAUCUAAAGCUGAUGUGGAGGAAACUUUUAUGGCACCACGUGUUCUUUGACGUCGCCAUAUUUGUCAUAGGGGGGAUAUGCAGCAUUUCUGGUUGUAUUCACUCAGUAGAAGGGCUCAUCGAGGCAUUCAAAUAUGGAGUCGAAGAAUAAGAACGUUCUACCUCUGUAGCCCAUACCUUACAUUUGGUCAUACUCUCAUCAAUCAUAGGCGCGUAAUGACAGACUGAUUGACAGCGCAUAAGGGAUACUGUGUAAUUGUUUUACUUCGUUUUUUUGUUUUGCCUUCUUGAUGACAAUGUGCAAUAAUCAAAUUUAUAAUCAUAGUGUAGAGUAUUCAGUGCUGAAAUUUUGUGUUAACUAGGAAGGGGGUAAUGUAGUGUCCUUGGAGAAUGGAUCAUCUCUGAAACAGUGAAUAUCAUGCAAGGUUCGAUCAGGCAAGGUUAGCACAGCCCUUGUGAAAAUGAGCUGUGCAUAGGCCUCACUUAUGUGUGGAUGUGUUGAAUCUGCAUUGAGAAUGAGUUUAUUAGCGUUUUAUUUUUGGUUUCUAGCUGCUAAAGAAUUAGAUAAUAAUCUCAGUCGAUUUAAAGAUAAAACACGCUCGGGGCACACACGUGGGAUGGAGCUAUAGGAUAAAUGUAGUUGGUUAAUCAAAACAUUUCGAUUAGUUUUCAACUGUACUUGGUUUUUGGUGUUUCAAGUGUCAUUAUGGAUUAAGUGAAUUAUUGCAGUGCAAACCAGUGGCUCUAAAUGUUUAUAUGAAACCAUCUGUCUUCUGUAGUCUACCUAUAUGUUGAAUGUGAAUUGUGCUUUCAUUGAAUUUAUCAUGACGUGUAAGAAAAGAGUAUGUGUUGAAUUAGCAGAGAAAUUAAUCGAAUAUUUUAUGCGUUAUGUUCAUAUCUUUGGAUUCAUUAUAUGUCUAUAAUUUGUGCACGCUCAUGUUUGUGGGAAAAAAAUAAUAUAUGGGUGAAUAAAAUCUAUGUUUUUAUGGAUGAA